CGCAGAGCCGCGGAGCGGGGCGCAGGGGCGCGGGGAGCCGGACGCAGGGGCGCGGGGAGCCGGGCGUAGCGGGGCGCAGGAGCGCGGGGACCUGCACUGCCGCGCCGACGGCCCCGCGAGCGGGAUGGGGAGCCGCGCUGCCCCCGGGCCCGGCCCGUCGCCCCCCCGGCCCCGGCUCCCGCCGCUGCCGUUGCUGCUGCUCGCGCUGGCGGCCCGCGGGACCUGGGGCGCGCCCGCGCCCCGCGCGGAGGACCUCAGCUUCGGAGUGGAGUGGCUGAGCAGGUUCGGCUACCUGCCCCCUGCAGACCCCACAACAGGGCAGCUGCAGACACAGGAGGAGCUGACCAAGGCCAUUGCGGCCAUGCAGCGGUUUGGAGGUCUGGAGGCCACCGGCAUCCUGGACGAGGCUACCCUGGCGCUGAUGAAGACCCCGCGGUGUUCCCUCCCCGACCUCCCGGCCACAGCCCCAGCGCGAAGGAGGCGCCAGACUCCAGCUCCGACCACGUGGAACAGACGGAGUUUGUCCUGGAGGGUCCGCACGUUCCCACGGGACUCGCCCCUGGGCCGCGACACGGUGCGCGCGCUCAUGCACUACGCCCUCAAAGUCUGGAGCGACAUCACGCCCCUCAACUUCCACGAGGUGGCGGGCAACGCGGCGGACAUCCAGAUCGACUUCUCCACGGCCAACCACAACGACGCCUACCCCUUCGACGGCCCCGGCGGCACCGUGGCCCAUGCCUUCUUUCCUGGAGACCACCACGCCGCGGGGGACGCCCACUUUGACGAUGACGAACCCUGGGCCUUCCGCUCCUCAGAUGCCCACGAGAUGGACCUGUUUGCGGUGGCUGUCCACGAGUUUGGCCACGCCAUCGGGCUGAGCCACGUGGCGGCCACAAGCUCCAUCAUGCAGCCCUACUACCAGGGCCCGGUGGGCGACCCUCUGCACUACCGCCUCCCCUACGAGGACAGGGUGCGGGUCUGGCAGCUGUACGGCGUGCGGGAGUCUGUGUCCCCCACGGCGCAGCCAGACGCCCUGGAGCCCGAGGAGCCUCCGCUCCUGCCCGAGCCCCCCGACAAUCGGUCCAACUCCCCGCCCAGGAAGGACGUGCCCCACCGCUGCAGUACGGACUUCGAUGCUGUGGCCCAGAUCCGCGGGGAGGCCUUUUUCUUCAAAGGAAAGUACUUCUGGCGAUUGACACGGGAUGGGCACCUGGUGUCACUGCGGCCCGCGCAGAUGCACCGGUUCUGGCGGGGUCUGCCGCCGCGCCUGGACAGCGUGGAUGCCGUGUAUGAGCGCGCCAGCGACCACAAGAUCGUCUUCUUCAAAGGAGACAGAUACUGGGUAUUUAAGGACAAUAACGUAGAGGAAGGAUACCCACGGCCCGUCUCAGACUUCGGCCUCCCGCCGGGCGGCGUCGACGCUGCCUUCGCCUGGGCCCACAAUGACAAGACUUAUUUCUUUAAGGACGAGCUGUACUGGCGCUUCGAUGAGCACACGCGGCGCAUGGACCCCGGCCACCCCGCCCGGAGCCCCCCGUGGAGGGGCAUCCCCCGCACCCUCGACGAUGCCAUGCGCUGGUCUGACGGUGCUGCUUACUUCUUCCGUGGCAAGGAGUACUGGAAGGUGCUGGAUGGUGAGCUGGAGGCCGCCCCCGGGUACCCGCAGUCCACGGCGCGGGACUGGCUAGUCUGCAGAGACCCGCAGGCGGACCCGGAGGCAGUGGGCAGAGAGGCCAGGGCCCACACCCAGCCGGGACAACACGGCCAGAGCCGCGCCGAGGACGCCUUCGAGGUCUGCUCCUGCACCUCGGCCGCCUCUUCUCCCGCAGGGGCCUCGGGCCCACUGCUGGCCGCCUCGCUGCUGCUGCUGCCCCCGAGCGCCCUGUGGAUGGCAGCCCGGGCCCUGGCGCUCUGACCGCCGCCGGCCUGCGAGAGGGCAGAGGAGGCACGGCUGGGGUCUCUCCGAACAUGGGUGAUGCCCCCACCCCUCCAGUGGCCGGACCAAGAGUUCCUGCAGCGCCACACGUGGCCUUGGGGCCCCAGCCUGGCGGAGAAGGACGCACUGCGGACUCCCAGCAGAGGCCACCGGGUCGCACCCCGGACGCCCCGCGUGUUGCGAAGAGGCCAGCAGAGGGCGCUGCCCCUCAGGCGCUCGGCCGGCGUGGGUGCUGACUGCCGGCUGUUGAGCUGGGGAGACUCGGCAAGGCAAGGCCGGCCAGGCCAGGCUGGGGACGAGAGCCUGCCGCUGCACCACCAGGACGCAGUGAUGAGCCCGGGGACGCGGGGCGGGGACGGGCGUUGGGUGGGCCUGGGGACCUCAGCCUGUGCGGAGCCAAGCUGCAGCCGUCGCCAGCACCAACCAACCUGGUCUGGCGCCCCGACUGCGGCCGCUGGUGCUUCCGCCCACCCCUGGGGGGCUCUUGUCCACCCCCGAUUCCUGUUCCUGUGGGCCCGCAGCUGCCUCCAACCCACACGUGAGCCCCCAGGAUGGGGCGGAGGCCGGCCCACUUCUUGACACAUUUCAGACAAACAUGACCUCUCCCUGCUUCCUCCUGGCUCAGCCUCGGCUCCCUGAUGCCCUGCAGGCGGGAGCCGCAGGGUGAAUGUCCUCAGGGCCGGAGGGGCCAUGCAGACUUGGCCCCAGACCCUUCUGCCCUUGGAAGGGGCCGGAGCUUCCAGGAAGAGGCCUGUGCCGUGCCCAUUUCCUCGCUGGGGCUCACUGACCCCUUCCUGUCCAGCACCUCCCGAUCCCCAUCCCUCGGGCCUCACACCCAUUUCCCAGGCAGGGGAGUUGAGGCUCAGUCCCGGAACAGGAGCCUGCUUCCCGCAGGCAGGUCUCAGAGCUGGGGCUGCCCCGGGCUCCCUGACGAGGCCCCUCCCUGUGCGCUUGCUGCUCUGCAGGGACGUGCAGAACGAGACCUUGCCUGUUCUCGGGGAGGCAGUGGGACACCGGCUGCCAAAACCAGGGAGCAGGAAGUGCAGGGAGGCGGCUGGGCGGCUGGUCUGGGGACCGCCCUCUCACCUGGAGAGGCAGGGAGAGGUGCACCCCACAGUCAGGAGAGACGGCCUGGGACGGGUGUGGCCGGCUUACCCCAGCCGCUCCUCCCGUCGUACCCAGGCCCGCCCAGGUGUUGGGCCUCACCCCUUCCCCAGCGAGGGGUGGUGACCCCUCUGAUUCCAGAGGCGCCCACAGGCCUGAGGGUGGGUGCACAGAGGGCCUGCCAGGCCCCGUUAGAGCAAGCACCCCAGGCACUGGCAUGCCCGGGACCUGGUAGAAUGCAGAUUCCCAGCCCUGCCCCCCGCGGUCGGAGCACAGUGGGUGCAGCGGCCACGUGUGUUGACCCCCAGCUGGGUGGCGCUCUGCUCUCCUGGGGGUCGGGAAAGCCUGAGCAGGAUGGGCAGAAGCAAAGGGAGGAGCCGGUUAUGGGGUCAGAGGGAAGAGGCUGGCCAGGGAAGGAAGGUACGGGGGACCCAGGAGGGCAGGGCCAGCCCAUGGGGGUUCCCUCCCUGCAAAGGGGGGGGCUUGUGCGGUCCCGCCCCCGGAGGCGCAGCUGCCCCUGCCCAGCGGCUGGGGCGCUCCAAUGGGGUCCCACUUUCCUCCUGCAGCUUUGUGGGGGCCCACUUUGCGCCCACCUUGUGCUGUUGGGGCAAUAGCCCAGAGAGGGUCCCCAAGUCCCCAGGGUGCACAGCCGGCAGGGAGCAGGGGUCUUAAUGCAGGCUGUGCUCCUAGGCCUGGGUUAAAGACAACUGCUCUUCACACUUCCCCGCCCCUGCCGUGCUGCGUGAAGAAGUAAACAGGAAUGUCCCAGAAUGAUGCUGCCCACACAGUCUUUCAAUUUUAGGUGAGUCACCAUUUAGGCACCCAGACAUUUUGUGUGGAAUUAGGGAUUUUUCAGCCAGUCUUUACCCAAGCUGUGCUGGUUCUGUGCAGGGAAGCUGUGGCCCCCCCAGGGGACCAGCAGCCCUGUGACAGGCCCGAGACCCCUCUGAGAAAGGCCAGAGGGCAGGCACCACAGCGGCGCGGACAAAGACCCCCCCCCCGUCCCACAUGCCAGGCCCAGGUGCUGGCCGGCCUCCGUGUGCGUGGGUGGCAAGUUCACAAAACACACCUGCACAGGUGACUUCAGGGUCCAGAACACAGCGGUUCUGGCCGCACAACCCCCCACCUCGGCAAGUGGGGAAACAGAGGCACAGGCACAGCUCGGCUCAGGCGGUGCGGCAAGUGCCACAGACGGGCCCACAUAGCCAACACCGCUCUAGAGGCGGGAAUCCACCGGCGACAGGUGCUGGUAGCUUCUGUCCCGCGCAUCCUGGCUCACGGACGUCAUAUUCUCGCUGUGUCUGUGGGGAAAGAGCGGGUCCUGAGCUCUGUGCGGGGACACUGGUCCACGGGGGGUCCACCUCUGGGACCUCAUCUAAUCUCACCACCCAGGGGAUCCUGCCUCUGGGGGCGGGGUGCCCACUGCAAGACUCCAGGGGGACACAGACAUUCUGUGGACACACGUGGGAGCGUGGGCCGCAAGGCCAGACUCCGACCUCGGCCGCGCUGCGCCCUCUCCUGCCACCUCCCUGGGAGCAGGCUGUGGGGCUCGGGGGGCUCCUCACCCCAAAAAAGAGUACGGUGGUACUGACCUGGUCCUGUUCUGCACUUUACAAAUACACACUCAUCUGGAUCCUC